AUGGAAGUCAUUAUUAACGAUGUCUCGCCCCAGCUCGAGUACUAUACCGGCGAAUCAUCUACCUCCGGGUGGAUAGUGAACCACGGCCUGAAUACGACGUACCCGGAUACAUAUACGUCCUCCUACCUCAAAUCUACAUUCCACGGCACAUUCGGUGACGGCGAUCGCGUCGUCUAUACGUUCAACGGCACGGAAGUAGGGGUGUUUGGUGGUAAGAGGCCGAAUCAUGGAAGUUUUGGCGUGAUAUUGGACGACGAAGCCGAAAUCGUCUCGGACGGGUACUCGGAAAAGUCGAUAUUCAACCAAGCUUUAUAUACCAGAUCCGGAUUGGAUCCUUCUGUUGAGCAUACCAUCACGAUAACAAACAGACCGAACGACCAAACAUCUGCCGCAGCGGGGAUAGACCACUGGCUCGACAUUGACUACAUCUCGACUUCUCUCCCUCUCUCUGAAGGUACACAGCUCCAAACGACUUUCAUCGAUGAUACCUCGGUAAUUAUCAUGUAUCCGGAUACUUGGGCGCUGUUCGGUUCGGGCGAUGGAGGGUUUUACAAUUUGACGGAUCAUCUCACUAGUACGAUUGGGGAUGAGAUGUCUUUUCAAUUCACAGGCUCGUCGAUUCAACUAUUCGCCAGCGUCAACACCGACCACGGCAAUUACUCUGUCACCCUCGACGGAGGUGAUGCGAGGGUGUAUAAUGCAGAGAACUGGGAGUUGAUUUAUGGAACCCCCAUGUUUACCGCCACCGGCCUGGGCGAAGGCAACCAUACCAUCAAACUUUCCAACCUCGGCGGCGGCGGUGGCGAGAAUGUGUUUGGGUUCGACUAUGCUGUCGUCAACUCUACCUCGUCUUCUCCUUCAUCAUCGGCAGGGGUAUCGGCCACUACGAAGGUCAUUUCGUCUGCUGGGGAAAAUCCAUUCACUGUCACAGAGCAUCAAUCUUCUUCUGCUUCCCCUUCACCUUCUUCGUCUGCCUCUUCAUCCAACUCCACAGCCAUAGUAGGCGCCUCCUCCGACUCCUCCUCAUCUUCCACCAACGUCGGAGCCCUCGCAGGUGGCAUAGUCGGCGGCCUCAUCGCCCUCUCUCUCCUCACCUUCCUUGCAUUCUGGCUCCUGAGACGCCGUAGACGGCAGCAGCAGCAACACAAGCCGAGAGUAGACAGUUUUUAUGCGGGGUGGGCGCCUGCUCCUGGACCGCCCGCUGGGGAAGUUUGGCCUGGUGUAUACUCUGGCGGUGGACUUGGGACGAGUGAGGUGAGGGAAGCAAGACCGGGAAACAGUAAUACUGUAACGCACCCUUCCAUGUCUUCUUACCCUGCUCCUUCUCCUCCCGUUGCUGGGGCUUACGCAAGACCCGGUACUCCCUGCUCAACCCCAUCAUCCCACCAAUCAUACCCCCAAUCACCAUCCCCAUCCCAGCCCCAGCAAGAAGACUCCUCUCCCUUAUUCUUCGCGCACGUCCCACCUCCACCAACAUCCAACGCCUCAAGCUACCCGCUGAGUUUCUAUACUCCUUCGGCUCUACCGACGAGUUAUGCGGCUUCUUCUCGAGCUUCGGAAGAACAGGAGUCUCUUCCGAGAGGUCUGAAUAGAUACCAGCAAGGGUUUGGGCUGGGCGGCGGAGGAGGGAAUGCUUUGAGGUUGUCGGAAGGACCGGACCAGCCGGACCAAGAAGGAGGAGGAAGGGGAGUGUUGCCUCCGGAUUAUGCGCAAGCGACACGGCCGUUACCAGGAGAGAUGCCUCGUAGUGGGAGGCCAUGA